UUCCGUUUUGAGUUUCUCGUAAAGAGCCAACCAGCUUUUAGUUACGCAGACACGUAAGGAAAAAAGAUCUGACAGAUUAUAAAACUUUUCUUUCUUUCUUUAAUCUCUUUGCGUCUUCGUUUAAAGGGUUUACUGUUUGUUUGUUCAGAGCAGAGUAUUUCGAUAAGAAGCCGAUCCGUUUUCAAUCAUCUGAACUACACUUUGAUCUUUUGUUUGACUUCCCAAUCGACUUAUUGACACUUCCCCACUGUUGAUCAGGGUUAUAACAUCAGGGCUCUGAAGAUGAGGCCUGAGUUUCCAGGGCUAUGGAAGGUAGUAGAAAGCAGACGUCUUCUAUGGCUAGUGGGACUCACAUUUGCUCUCAUCGUCACUUUUCAAUACAUCGAGCUUCCAAACACUAUCUCCUCCCUCUUCUCUUCCACCAAGUUUCCCUCUUCAAGAAACUCGACUUCACUCACAAGAGACAGCCAGCAUCAGAGUCAUAGUAGUAACUUGUCUCCAGCUAUGCCACCGAGCUUUCCCCAAAAGAACGCUACUCUGGUGGAUGAUUCUGGUGGAGGAGAUGGUGAUGAGGAAGUUGAGGUUGAUAAGAUCUUUGACACCAGUGGAAACGCAACCGCUCCCGCAAACGCAACCUCACAUGUGGCUAGUGCAGAGCCCCCUGCCGCAUUACCUCUAGUAAAGGUCGAAGCAACCGCUCCCACCGUUUCGCCUUCUCAUGUAAAAGAAAACGCAACCGCACCUGUGGCUAGUGCUAAUCCUCCUGCCGCAUUACCUCUAGUAAAGGUCAACGCAACCGCUCCCACCGUUUCUCCUUCUGAGGUAAAGGAAAACGCAACCGCACCUGCAGCUAGUGCAGAGCCCCCUGCUGCUUUGCCUGCUUUAAACCGGUCUCCGGUUAAGGAAAACGCAACAACUAGCCAAGUAGAGGAGGACAAGAAGUCAACUAAAACAGAUGCUGGUAGUGUUUCUCCUGUGGUGAGAUUUGUUCCUGACGUCAAAGAGAACUCAAAAAUGCCUGAUUCAGGAGUGAUGUCAAUAUCAGAGAUGAGCAAGCAGCUGCGUCGCAACCGUAUCUCUCAUAACCGUCUAGCAAAGAAACCAAAAUGGGUUACUAAGCCUGACUUGGAGCUUCUACAAGCAAAGCACGAGAUCGAGAAUGCUCCUAUAGAUGAGAAAGACCCUCUCCUCUACGCUCCUCUUUACCGCAACGUCUCCAUCUUCAAACGGAGCUAUGAGCUGAUGGAGAAGAUGUUGAAGGUUUAUGUUUACAAAGAAGGAGACAAACCUAUCAUGCACAGUCCUAUACUCAGAGGGAUAUACGCAUCGGAAGGCUGGUUCAUGAAACUCAUCGAAUCAAACAACAACAAGUUUGUCACAAAGGACGCUUCUAAAGCUCAUCUUUUCUACUUACCCUUUAGUUCUCGGAUGCUGGAGGUGACUCUAUACGUACAGGACUCUCACAGUCACCGUAACCUCAUUCAGUAUCUUAAAGACUACAUAGACUUCAUCUCGGUUAAGUACCCUUUUUGGAAUAGAACCUCCGGUGCUGAUCACUUCCUUGCAGCUUGCCAUGACUGGGCGCCUUCGGAGACACGCAAGCACUUCGCAAAGAGCAUAAGGGCGUUAUGCAACUCUGACGUUAAAGAAGGUUUUGUCUUUGGUAAGGACACGUCAUUACCAGAGACGUUCGUUAGAGAUCCCAAGAAACCGUUAAGCAACAUCGGUGGCAAAUCUGCAUCCCAGAGGCCAACGCUAGCAUUCUUCGCUGGCAAGCCUGACCACGGCUACCUAAGACCGAUCCUACUCUCUUACUGGGGUAACGACAAAGACCCUGACCUAAAAAUAUUCGGGAAGCUUCCGAGGACCAAAGGGAACAAGAACUACCUUCAGUUCAUGAAGACUAGCAAGUACUGCAUCUGCGCCAAAGGGUUCGAAGUGAAUAGUCCUAGAGUGGUGGAGGCUAUAUUCUACGACUGUGUUCCGGUGAUUAUAUCCGAUAACUUCGUGCCGCCGUUUUUCGAGGUUUUGAACUGGGAGUCGUUCGCGCUUUUUGUGGCGGAGAGAGAUAUACCUAACUUGAAGAAGAUUCUGAUGUCGGUGUCGGAGCGUAGGUACAGGCAGAUGCAGAUGAGGGUUAAGAGGGUGCAGAAGCAUUUCCUGUGGCAUGUUAAGCCUGAGAAGUAUGAUAUGUUUCAUAUGAUUCUUCAUUCGGUUUGGUUUAACCGGGUUUUUCAGAUUUCUGUUUAGUUAGUUCUGUGAUCCCAAACGAUUCAUUUCAUUGUACAUUUUUUUACAGAUAAAAAAAAUCCAAUUUGCAAAAACCAUACCACAAAAAUGAAAAUUUUGGUCUUGUUCUGCAAACUAUGUAUAGUGCAUUGUUUUGCAUUUCCUCUGUUUUAAAUUAUAUCUCGUUUAAAAUU